AUGGCAGAUCAAGCUCGAAAUCUCAGAGCUGUCACAGAAGCCACCAAUGCACGCACCAGGGAGUUGGAAAGGGAGUUCUAUCAUGUGGACCAACUUAUCGAGGACCUUGAUGGUGCUCGAGCAGAGCAAUCAGUCCCAGACACCGCAAAGAAACAGCAAACUGUUGCCAUUCAUGCUGCCACUACUCCUUCCACUCCGGCGCCACUGAAGCAUUAUGCAAGAAAUCUUCCCAAAUGCAACAAGUGCAACUAUCACCACACAGGUGCGUGUCGGGAAAUGCACUGCAGAAACUGCGAACAGAAGGGGCAUAUUGUUCAUUUAUGUAAGGCGCCAGCUCGACCAAUCAGUCAAGUCGCCAAUGCAGGGGCAAGUCAAACCUGUUACGGCUGUGGAGAGGCAGGGCACUUCAAAAGAAACUGCCCAAAGGCACGAGCCCCUAAUACUGGUGCCGUGGGAAGGGUCCUGGCUAUAGGACAUGGAGAAGAGGUCAAGGACCCCAUGGUGGUUACUGGUACGUUCCUCCUAAAUAACUCUUAUGCAUGCGUACUUUUCGAUAUUAGGGCAGAAAGGAGUUUCGUGAGCCACCAAUUCAAACGUUUACUUAAACAAAAACCCCAGUCAUUAAAUGAUCCAUACAUCGUAGAAAUGGCAAACGAAAAGGUUGAGUGCACUAAUGAUAUUUACACAGGGUGUACCCUCACUCUAGACAACCAUUCGUUCCAAAUCGGCCUAAUGCCGGUCAUAAUAAAAAGUUUCGACAUCAUCAUUGGUAUGGAUUGGUUAAGUUCUAAUCGUGCCGACAUUUUAUGUUGCAAAAGGGCCAUCCGCCUUAAUCUGCCAAAUGGAGAAACUUUUCUUAUCUACGGCGAUAAACCCAAUACAAAUCUACAAAUCAUUUCUUGCGUCAAGGCCCAAAAGUAUCUCCAAAAGGAAUACCACGCCUUCUUAGCCCACAUGAUAGAUAAGAAGCAAGAAGCGAAGGACACCAAGGACAUCCCGGAGGUCUGUAACUUUCCCAACAUGUUCCCAUAA